AUGUGGCCAAGAGAUUAUGGCGAUGUUGUGAUGAGAAAAGGCUUCGAUAAUGAAUAUGACUUCAUUAUUGUGGGCGCCGGAUCUGCUGGUUGUGUUCUUGCUAAUCGUCUCAGUGAAAAUCCACAAUGGAAAAUUCUCCUUUUGGAAGCAGGAGGAGAUCCUCCGAUCGAAUCAAUGAUUCCACGAUUGGCGUUUUCAUUCUUCAAGACAAAGUAUGAUUGGCAAUAUUACGCGGAAAUAUCGGACACAGUCAGUCAAUACAGCCCAAAAGGAAGUUACUGGGCGAGAGGAAAAGUGUUGGGAGGAUCGAGUGCAAUGAAUUCCUUAGUUUAUUCCAGAGGAAAUGAGGAUGAUUACAACAAUUGGGAAAGACUCGGAAAUCCGACUUGGGGAUGGAAAGAUGUUUUGCCAUACUUCAAGAAGUCGGAAGCGAAUCGAAAUUUUGAAGGAUAUUACCAUUCAAAGGAUGGUCUUUUGUCCGUGGAAUUCUUCAAUAGUUCCAAUCCACUUAGCCAAGAUAUUAUAGCGGCUGCUGAAGAGUUGGGAUAUAAAUUUCUUCUAGAUAUGAAUGCAAAAAAACAUGUUGGCUUCACAUUAGCUCAAGGAACACUCAAAUCAGGAUUAAGAAACAGUGCAGCUUCUGCUUUCCUAAUUCCAGCCAUGAAUCGUCCCAAUUUACACAUCGUCAAGCACGCGCACGUCACGAAACUCGAGAUUGAUAGUCAAGGAACGGUUUCAGGAGUGUCAAUGAAGCUUCGAGGACAAACUGAAUUUAAGGCUUUUGCGAAGAAGGAAGUGAUUUUAAGUGCCGGAGCAAUAAAUUCUCCACAAAUUCUCAUGUUAUCAGGAAUCGGACCUGCUUCUCAUCUUCAAGAAAUGAAAAUUCCAGUCAUUCAAAGUCUCCAGGUUGGGAAGAACUUGCAGGAUCAUCCGUAUAUUCCAUUGUUUCUAAAAAUGGACAAAUCCACUGCCGUUGCCGUGACUGUUGCCGAUUUAGUUCAAAGUUACUAUCAAUAUUUAGCCCAACAUGCUGGAAUCUUUGCAAAUUCGGGAACAGUGGAAGCAAUUGGAUUCGUCAAUAGCCAAGAUAUGUUUGCCAGAUAUCCUGACAUUCAAUACUAUCACAUUGGUUUCCAGAAAGGACAAGCUCUGGAUAUAAUGGGUUUUCUACAAAAUCUAGGAUACAAUGAUGUCGUUAUCAAUACAGCAGCAAGCGCAUCAAAUGAUGCAAACAUUAUAAUAUUGCCUGUGGCACUUCUCAAUGAAAAUUCUCGCGGUGAAAUACUCUUACGAAAUGCAGAUCCAAUGCAAAAACCCAAAAUAUAUCCCAACUAUUUGAGAGAAGAGUCAGAUAUUCAGUCUUUUCUGCGUGCUAUUCGAUUAUAUCUUAAAUUCCUUGGCACAGAAGCAUACAAAAUGCACGAAACAGAAUUAUUUUCAAUCCCAAUUCCAGAAUGCGAUGCUCAAGGCUUCAAUUCAGAUGCAUAUUGGACGUGUUAUAUUAGAUACAUGAUAAGCACUGUCUUUCAUCCUUGUGGAACAAAUAAAAUGGGUCCUGAUUCAGAUCCCGGUUCUGUGGUUGAUUACAGAUUGCGUGUGAAAGGCACUACAGGAUUGAGAGUUAUUGAUGCCAGCAUAAUGCCGAGGAUUCCCAGAGGCAAUCUAAAUGCCCCAACAAUUAUGAUUGCAGAAAAAGGAUCAGACUUUAUAAAGAAUGAUUUGGGAUUUCUGAUUUAA